AUGUCUCUCCCUCCUCAUGUCUCUCCCUCCUCAUGUGUCUCCCUCCUCAUGUCUCUCCCUCCUCAUGUCUCCCCCUCCUCAUGUCUCUCCCUCCUCAUGUCUCCCCCUCCUCAUGUCUCCCCCUCCUCAUGUCUCCCCCUCCUCAUGUCUCUCCCUCCUCCUGUCUCUCCCUCCUCAUGUCUCUCCCUCCUCACGUCUCUCCCUCCUCACGUCUCCCCCUCCUCAUGUCUCCCCCUCCUCAUGUCUCUCCCUCCUCAUGUCUCUCCCUCCUCAUGUCUCUCCCUCCUCAUGUGUCUCCCUCCUCAUGUCUCUCCCUCCUCAUGUCUCCCCCUCCUCAUGUCUCUCCCUCCUCAUGUCUCCCCCUCCUCAUGUCUCCCCCUCCUCAUGUCUCUCCCUCCUCCUGUCUCUCCCUCCUCACGUCUCUCCCUCCUCACGUCUCUCCCUCCUCACGUCUCCCCCUCCUCAUGUCUCCCCCUCCUCAUGUCUCUCCCUCCUCACGUCUCUCCCUCCUCAUGUCUCUCCCUCCUCAUGUCUCUCCUUCCUCAUGUCUCCCCCUCCUCAUGUCUCUCCCUCCUCCUGUCUCUCCCUCCUCAUGUCUCUCCCUCCUCCUGUCUCUCCCUCCUCAUGUCUCUCCCUCCUCAGGUCUCCCCCUCCUCGCGUCUCUCACUCCUUGCAUCUCCCCCUCCUCAUGUCUCCUCCUCCUCAGGUCUCUCCCUCUUCGCGUCUCUCCCUCCUUGCGUCUCUCACUCCUUGCAUCUCCCCCUCCUCAUGUCUCCUCCUCCUCAGGUCUCUCCCUCUUCGCGUCUCUCCCUCCUUGCGUCUCUCACUCCUCAGCAGUGCUUUAAGUGA